GCUUUAGCAGCAGAUGGCUUUGCUCCGGAUUCUGUUGUACACAAAGAAGAUGUUUUUGCUGGCUCUGUAAGCACAAAAAGGGAAGAGGAAAAUUGUUAAAGGCAGUGUGGAUAUGACUUGAAUUUUUCAGCAGGCUCUCAACACUAUUACUAGGGGUGAAGAAUUAUCUCCUUCCAGCUAGUUUUCCAAUAACUUCAAAAAGGAAUUAAGGCUGAAAUAACCUCUUUCUGGCCAGAAAGCUGGUUGGGAGAUGCCUCACGAUGGAUAAAGCCAUUCAGCACCCCAGUGAGAUCCUGUCCAAUCAAACUGUCUCUAACUUUAGCUUUUCUCAGUUUUUGAACUUUGACACAUGCCAGCUUUCCUUCCUUGCAGAGUUCUUGCUUAUCACAGCUUACACCUUAGUUUUACUGGUGGGGCUUUUUGGAAAUCUUUGCUUGAUUAUUAUAAUAAAGAGACGGAAAGAAGCUCAAAAUGUUACCAACAUUUUGAUUGCCAACCUCUCUAUAUCAGAUGUCUUGAUCUGUAUCAUGUGUAUUCCUGUCACAGUUGCAUACACCUUAAUGGACCACUGGAUAUUUGGGGAAGCAAUGUGUAAAAUGGGUUCUUUCGUACAAAGUUUAUCUGUCUCAGUCUCCAUUUUCUCACUUGUACUCAUUGCUGUUGAGAGGUACCAGUUAAUUGUGAACCCACGUGGCUGGAAGCCUAAUAUUUCACAUGCUUACUGGGGGAUUCUUCUCAUCUGGGCGCUUUCCCUCGUGAUAUCCCUUCCUUUUUUAAUAUUUCACCAAUUAACAGAUGAGCCCUUCAAACACCUGUCUUUCCACAGUGAUUUCUACAAGAACAAGGUUGCUUGCAUCGAAGCAUGGCCAUCUCUUACAGAGAGACUGAUUUUCACCACCAGCCUGCUGGUUUUCCAGUACUGCUUCCCACUGGGGUUUAUUUUUAUCUGCUACCUCAGGAUAUUUGUAUGUCUUCGAAGGAGACGCUUUAAAAUAGACAGGGUGAGAGAGAACGAGAGCAGGCUGAGUGAAAGCAAAAGGAUUAAUGUGAUGCUGGUAUCAAUUGUUGUGACUUUUGCAGCUUGCUGGCUGCCUCUCAAUAUAUUCAAUGUGGUUUUUGACUGGAACUACGAGGCACUAAUGAGCUGCAAUCACAACCUGGCAUUUACCAUCUGCCACCUCGUGGCCAUGAUCUCAACGUGUAUCAACCCCAUCUUCUAUGGAUUUCUGAACAGGAACUUUCAGAAGGAUUUGAUAGUAUUAGCUCACCACUGCAGAUGCUCAGCAUCACAGGAGGAAUAUGAAAAUAUUGCCCUUUCAAAUCUGCAAACUGAUGCAUCUAAAGGGUCUCUGAAAUUAAAUAAUCCCCAUGUGGAUAUAUAAAAUAAUCCAACAGCAGUUUCCAAAAUUUUGUGUUUUGUUGCAGAUGGCCUCUUUCUGUAGGUCAUGUUACCAUCAAGUUUAGAGGAAGUUUUUACAUUUAAUUCAGCAAAAUCAGGAUUAUGCUUCCAUAGGCAUACUCUUAACAGGUACUUAAUGAUAGUGUUAAUGCUAAUAAACCACUUCCAAGAGUCAUAAAGAUCAAUAAUAAGGCAUUAUAAACAGUAUUAACAUCUUACUUUUUUAAUACACAGUUUCAAAGUCACUGGCAUCCAACCUUGGCUCUAAAAAAUCAUUUCCAUUUCAGCCACUGAUGGAAUGUCCUCCCUAAACACCAGCUUCCCCCAAGUAAACCCUGAACGCUGUGGUGUUUUUAACUUCAGCAGCCUUUCUCACAGUUUUCUGGCCUUUUGAUUUUCCUGCCCUACACUGAUGCCAGCCCUGGUUAAUCUGCAGGUUACAGGCAGUUCACACUGUAAGGAAGGCCCCUGAAUUUAUCCUAAGCCUCCAUCACCUUCCUUUCAGCCCCAGCAUGCAGUUUGUUUUGGUUUAGUACCAGCCCAGCCCAGAAAUCGUAUUUUAACAAGGGAAAAGGCUAGAGUUGGAAUUCUAUCUUUUUUUUAUGAGCACUAAAGCAGUUGAAAACUUGAUUUGCUGCAAAGAUGUCUUCACUGAGAUUGUUCUUGCUGUUCAAGAUGAAAUACAUAUUUAGCAUUUCUCCUAAAAGCAUUCCAUUCUCCAAACCACCAGCACAGAUCAUUGCUUUUGCUCUUACCAUCACCACUGGUCCCUACAAUAGACCUUUUAGAAUCUCCAUUAUCAGACAAACACACUGUGAAUUUAGAGUAAAUUUUGUUUAGCUACUUACCCAGAUUUCUCUUUGAGUAGAAAAUUAGGUCUGCAUCUUCAUUGCAGCAAUAUCUUUCUCCACAUUUCUGCACUAGCACGAGGCCACACUUGAGCAGAUGUGGUCAUUUCUGUCCAGCCGUGUUUGCAAAUAGUUUCUUUUGUAGCACAGAGCAUAGAAGCCUAAAGGUGUAAUAUUGAACACAACUCUUCUCAGACUAAAACAUUUUAAAAAUCGCUUUCCAGUGUGGCCAUAAAAAAAUAACAAGACUUAUUUGUCAUCCAUGCUACAGUGAUAACAUAAGUAAUCAGUUUAUAUUGGGCUAUUUAAAUACAAUACUUAGAACAAUUUAGUCCAACAACUCACCUUGCUUCCUCUUGUUCAAGUGAAAUAUAAUUAAUUACUUCUAUUGCUAAAGUCCUUUCUUCUUCUGAGUUUUUUAAAACCCUUGUUUUAACACUUGCACAUAAAAUUCCUUGCAAUGUAUUCCCUAACUUCAGCAAUUUACCAGUGCCCCACUUAAAAGAAUUAACAUUUAUAUUACAGUGAGCUCCUUGCUGAUUCAGCUGUGAUGAAACUUACCUUAAGGCCACAAAAUUCUCUUGGGGAGGGACCAUCAUUUUCCAUAGUCAAGCAGUUCUUAAAGGAUUCCUUCAGGCCACAGUUCUCUCGCUGCAGCAUCGGUUUGGAACUGGCUGCAUCACUCUGCUCAUCAGAGCAGCUCUGUGAGAGGAGCCUCACCAGCUCUUGCAGAUACUCUGGAUUAUUAAGUGCCCCCUGAUUCACCCUGAGUAAAAAGACCUCGUUGAAAUCCAUCAGUGUCUGAGCCCACAGAAGUCCUAAGGUCAGCCCUACUCACUGGAGCAAGAAAGGCAGAAUUAGCAACACAGUAAUCAAGUAUCUGAGUGACAGCUAUGGAUUAGUUUUGGCAUCAUUUAGUAUUUUUUUAGAUCCAAUAUCACACAUGUGCACUGAAGUGUAUAAACCAUAACUUAAAUAUCUGCCUUGAAAAGAAACCAGGAGACAGAUAAAUACCUAAUAAAGGCCAAUGAUCAGACUGAUAAGAAUAUCUUAGUGUUAAUUAGGUCCAUUAACGCCACCCCUUGGUCACUGGGCUCCCUCUGUUGCUGGUUUACACCAUCUGCUUGUUCAGCAAAUGGGUUUUUAACCAAGGGAAAAGCAGCAACUUGCAGUCGAUGACACUGUGACCACACCACGCACGGCCGAGGGGGUGGUGUGUGCUUUGGUGAGGGGGAGCUGAUGGAGCUCGUUCUCUCAUCAGUGAGACUCCAGGGUAAUAAUGGGGGUCACUGUCUUCAUUGCACUUGCUUAAAUGAGAGCAAACCUGAUCCAGGAACUUCACUUUUCUUGGAGAUUCCAGUGCCUGUACAGAAAGUCACCUAAUACUGCCAGAAGACCAUUCACUGAACAGAUCAUUUUAACAAAUCCUGGUGGCAUUCCUGCAAAAGGCUGGGCUAUCAGCUGGAUUUCCCUGAGUUUGGAACACAGAUCUCUCUGUCUUCCUCAUAUUUAAGCACAGUUUACAGCUUCAGGGCCCAUGCUGAAAGCAAUCUACAAGCACAGGACAUUCACAGUUUAAUUUAUUAAUAUUGGCACAACAGUUCAGAUUACUCUCAGUUCUCACAGAAGUGUCUCAGACAGUAUUUGGAGUUUGACUCAGGCUCAGCUGAGAUUCCCACAUAUGAACUUGGCUUAAGUGGCUCCCAUACCAGCAUUCCCAUCCCUUAGGCACACCCAAGUGUGCUUAGUUUUAUAGCAGAGGUGGUUUUAGUGUCACAUCCCAAGUGCUUUAAACACAGCCACAAAAUUAACACUGGUUUAAAUUAAGUGAUGCUGAUGGACUGUCUCCCUUUACUGUCUCUCCCUAGAAGUGCUUGGGCAGUGCAUCAGACAGGCACAAAAAAGAUUGCCACUGCUUUUUGUAACACCAAUGGUCUGCUCACGACAUCCUGAUCAAACUUAAGCAAUCAAUUUUUCCUUCCAGUCUGAAUCUUGGCAUAAGAAGGUUCUUCAUUAGCAAGUGGCAGCAUUCCCAGCAGUGACUUCCUCAGAAUCAAAUGUGAACAAUCAUACUUGUGCCUUGAUUUCUUCUUCUCAUUUCUUCCUCUCACUUUCAUUUGACUCAAGUGCUGAUGCUCCAUUUCUGUCCUGAGCAGUUAUCAAGUAUCUCUUCUUGAUGCUGCAUUUAUAAAAAUCAUUGUUAACUGAACAGAGGAUCGUCACAGUCCUGAAGACUCUCAGUACAUUCAGUGGCUUCAUAUGCAUCCUGAUACUGAAUUUCCAGGCAAGUCAGUAGGAGUGAGAUGACUUUGAUAGGAAUAGGAACAAAGAAGAGUUGCUUCUUUUUAAAGCAUAAGUAUUAUGGACUCCAGCAUGGUGUGUGAUAUAUGUAACUGCAAUAUGCAAUGCCUAAAGAUGGCUCAAGUUAAACUGGCAAAUGUUGCCCUGUGUUGGGUAAUGUUGAUAACUUUAUUUCCUCUCUUUGUAUUGAUAUAGCAAGUAGACAAAAUUCUAACAGCCUUUCUCACCAGAGAGUUGUUCCUUGAUCACAGAAUCAUGGAAUAUUCUGAGUUGGAAGGGACCAACAAGGAUCAUCAAGUCCCAGCUGGAGGACUGUGAGUUUCCUCAGAGGAGCAGCAACAUGGAUUUAAUUAUUGAAAACUAGAGGGGGAACCUGAACUCCCAAAUGCUAUCCCAAUGUACAAACAAAUUCUUGGGUUGUCUUUUUUUUUUUUAAAGUGCAUCAGAGCUUUGUUCAAGUGGUUCAAGUUGUGUAGACCAGACUAAUAUAUUUAUAAACAUCCUUGUAAAUGAACAUACCCUUACCUGUCUGUGUAUUUUAUGGUUGAUUGGUUUAACUGUAAGCACAUAUAACUAGGGUUAGAUACUUGGGAACUGGCAUUCAUUGUGGAAAUGAUUCUGCUGAGCAGAGAGAUCAACUGAUUAUUGACUGUAAUUCUGUCUGUGACAAAGGCAGUGCCAGUGCUGUGUGUGAUUUAAAGACUUUGAUUGCUCCCAUCGGCUGACAAAUAAAUAUUACCCUGUGUAAAACUG